AUGGCUUCACAAGACCCGCGCAGGCGACGCCGUCGCCCCCGAACCUACGAGGAAAAAUGUCAAUUGGUCAGCGCGGAGUUCGAGGAUUGGCGUCUUGGUGGGAUCGACCCGAUAUGGACCGCGACCGAAAUACACGACUACAAGUCCAGAUGGGAGGGCAGGCAUUUGCCACGGUCUGGCCAACCUAUAUUCUGGGGCGGCGGGAUGGAAAGAUAUCCGUGGUCUCAGGGUCGAUAUCAUGUCGGACAGAAGGUCGUCCCGCCUAACUUGCAAGAUACGCAGACUACUGGCGAUUCACACGUUGAAAAUGCGAAAAAAAGAUAUCGGGAGGCCAAUGAAUACUUCGAAGAGAAUGCUAAUAAAUUUACCUUUAAAAAGGUGCUGGGAUUUGGAGGACUGGGCCUGGCACUUCAUUUUAAGCAAUUCGAGGGUGAAGAGUCAGUUAAAGAUAUCGCGGUUAAGCUCUCGCUUAAUAGCUGGAUUGCAGAGGAUAUCCGCUUUGAAGAGCGAGCGACAAGAGCUAUGCAAGGGGCUGCUCACUGUAUUCAGCUGAUCCACCCACCGACUGUUGGCUUGCCAGAGGUAAAAUAUCGUCCAGAGCCAGACGAUAGAGACUCUUCCGACGACGGAGAGUCGAGCGGGGAUGAAAGCAUAGAUGAGGAAUUCGCGCCCCCUCCACGAAGACCUAGGAGCACCUUGACACAAGGCGAAUUAAAUGCAAAGUUGCAAAGACGGGACAUGCGACUGAUCGAACCACUGGGAAGAUCUAUGGCGGCAACCAAUAUCGCGGAUGGUGAGAGGAAGGAUUACAUGCUCUUAGAGUACGUUGAAGGAGGCAACCUCGUCAACUUGAUCGACAAAUUACAGCAGAGGGAGAAGGCUUCGGGAGAGCCGGUAGUAAUACCCAAUAGGGUUCUAUGGGCAAUAUGGUUAUGCUUGGUUCGGGCCUGUGUUGCUAUGAAAUAUCCUCCUCGAAAGUUCCAUCCUGAUCGUCGUACACGUCGGAGGCCAAAUGGUCGAACAGAUUUGAAUGAGAUGAUACCACCUCAAAACAAGAGAUGGAGACAAAAGAACUGGGUUCAUUUUGAUAUUGAUCCCUCCAAUAUUUUUAUUGGUAACAUCGAGGCGCCGCCUCCUCCCUUGAUUGAUAUUGGCCAGCGACAACGCGAUGACCCGCAACCCGACAGAGAACCGGGCGAACAUAGUUUUAUUCCUAGAAUUAAACUGGCGGAUUUUGGGCUGGCGGAACCGAUUAAGACGCACAAGCGCAACGAAUACUACUCAUGUAGACGUCAAAAUGGAAAAGUUAGAUAUUACGCUCCUGAGCAAUUCGCGGCAGAAUGGGACCAGAUACCCCCUGUUGCAGAUGGAGCAGAAGCAGGCGAGCGAAGGGUCCCGGGAGUUUACGGAUCUCCCAUGAACGUGUAUCAAAUGGCCCUUACGUUCUGGGUUGUCAUAACCCAAAGGGAUGCGCCUAUACCUGUAGAACCCCAGCCACCAUUAGGUAUGGUGGUACCGCGGCUUGAGAACCGGCUGGUCCCAUCCUAUCUUGAUAAUCUAAUCGGGCCGGACGACCGUAUAUCGUACUGCCCAUACUUCAUGGACCCAGAUGACAACCCUUAUGAAUACGUCGAUGCCGAGCUCAGGAGAACGAUAUACGAGUGCAUGUAUCACCGCCAGGACGACCGCCCGACAGUCGAGACGCUGUUGCCGCAAGCUCAAGCGGGGGUCCAAAAGGAGUUUCAGGGCGAAUCUGACGACUUUAUUAAGGAAUGGGUUAGUCAGUUUAUAUUAGAUGCACCGGUUUGA